GACUGCAUGUAUCACACGUCCUGGCAGGAAUUUCGUUAUUGCGAUUGGGUGCAACUUUCCUUUAGUAAAGAGGAGGAAAUUGAUUUGUCUGCCCAAGACUCCUUAAAGGACUUCUACAUAUUGAAAUCCAGCAUUUCCUCACUGUGACAUCUAUCCUUUUGUUCAAGGAACCUCUCCAACCAAACCAAACAUGGCUUUACAAAACAUAGGUGCCAGCAAUAGUGAUGAUGCCUUCUACAGGUAUAAGAUGCCUAAGAUGAUUACCAAGAUUGAGGGCCGAGGAAAUGGUAUUAAGACAAACAUUGUCAACAUGGUUGAUAUUGCAAAGGCUUUGGCACGGCCUCCUUCUUACACAACAAAGUAUUUUGGUAAUGAGCUGGGGGCACAAUCUAAAUUUGAUGAGAAAACUGGAGUUGCACUUGUUAAUGGUGGACAUGACACUGUUAAACUUGCUGGUCUGCUGGAGAACUUUAUUAAGAAGUAUGUGCAGUGUUAUGGCUGUGGCAAUCCCGAAACGGAAGUCCUAAUUACAAAAACUCAGAUGGUACAACUGAAGUGUGCAGCAUGUGGUUUUGUUUCCGAUGUGGAUAUGAGGGACAAGCUCACAACCUUCAUAUUAAAGAAUCCACCUGAACCAAAAAAGGGAUCGAAAGAGAAGAAGGCCAUGAGGAGGGCUGAGAAAGAGCGACUGAAGGAAGGUGAGGCAGCUGAUGAAGAGAUGAAGAAGCUGAAGAAAGAGGUGAAGAAAAAGGGGCCUUCCACUUCUAAGGAUGGGCCUGCAAAAGCCAGCUCCAACAAAAAGAAAGCCAGUGGUUCAGAUGAGGAACGUACUCCACCCACUGUAAACCAUGUUGAUGAGAAAGAAGAGGAUGGUGACGAUGACGACGACGAUGUCCAGUGGCAAACUGACACAUCAGCUGAGGCGGCCCGCCAGCGCAUCCAAGAGCAACUGAGUGCUGCUACAGCAGAAAUGGUUAUGCUUUCCACUAAUGAGACCAAUGGAGCAAGCCAGAGUCCAAAAACUGCGUCUCCGCCACCUGGGGUGAAUCCCAAAGUUGAGAAUGGAAACUCAAGCCAUGAAAAGCUAGUGGAAGAGGUGAAAGCAAAACUGCAGAAGGGAGUUACUGCAAACCAACUCCAGUCUAUCUUGGCAUCAUUUUCCGGAUCUCCUCAGGAUGUAAUGACUGCUUUGUUUGAGGCACUCUUUGAUGGGGUUGAGAAAGGGUUUGCAAAGGAGGUGGCCAAGAAGAAAGGAUAUUUGGCUGCUGCUGUUGCUGGGGAUGAGGGAUCACAGUUGCUUCUACUUCGAGCGAUUGAGGCUUUUGUUUUGAAGCCUAGCGUACCUGCUUUGAAGGAAGUGGCUGUAUUUCUUAAGGCACUUUACGAUGCUGAUGUGGUGGUGGAGGAGUACGUUAUGCAGUGGUAUCAGGAAGGUCUGGCAGGUGGCAACAAGGACUCGCAGAUGUGGAAGAAUGUGAGGCCCUUUAUUGAGUGGCUCCAGAGCGCAGAGUCUGAAACAGAGGAGGAAUGAUGGUUCUCAGCUUUUCAUCAGUUGUGGUACUGUUCUUGCUAUUUUCUAGUGUUUAUGUUCGUGUCCGUGUCAGUCCAAACUACGAAUAAGAGUUGUCACUUGAUGAUGGCUGUUUGGAUGUAGGUUUUAUUUGGUACUUCUGGUCUGGGAAUUGGCUGUGGUUUUGCUUGCCUUUGUUGUGGCUCCCUUUAUGUUGCGUCGUACUUGCUUUAAUCCGAUAAGUAAUUGCAGUUUGUUUCUGUGAA